GGGAGGGUGGGAGGCUCCUUAAAAACCCGGCCGGGCCGGCGGGAUGGGUGCGAGGUGAAGGAGAGAGCGGCCGGAGCGGUUCCCAGCGCCCAGACAGACAGACGGACACCGCGGGACCCCCGGCAGGAUGCAGGGCACCAUGGCCGAGUGCACGGAGCUGGAAUGGGCCGUGCAGGUGCUGGUGAACAACUUUGACAAGUACUCGAGCCGCUGCUGCUGCUGCAAGAACCCGCGGCGCAUCAGCAAGAAGGAUUUUCGCAAGAUGCUCAGCCGGGAGCUCAACCACAUGCUGACGGACACCGGGAACCGCCGCGCCGCCGACAAACUCAUCUGCGACCUGGACGAGAACAAGGACGGGCGCAUCAGCUUCGAGGAGUACUGGACCUUGAUAGGCGGCAUCGCCAGCCCCAUCGCGCAGAUCAUCCGCCAGCAGGAGCAGAGCGUCAAACACACCAAGUAGACGCUGCUGGACGCCCCCCGGAACCCCCCAGCUCCUCCUAUCCCCCGCUUUUUAAUUUUAUUUUAUUUUUUUGUCCCCGCCCCGAGCAUCUGGAACGCCCCAUCCUCCUAUCCCCCGCUUUUAAUUUUAUUUUAUUUUUUUGUCCCCGCCCCGAGCAUCUGGAACGCCCCAGCUCCUCCUAUCCCCCGCUUUUUAAUUUUAUUUUAUUUUUUUGUCCCCGCCCCGAGCAUCUGGAACGCCCCAGCUCCUCCUAUCCCCCGCUUUUUAAUUUUAUUUUAUUUUUUUGUGCCCGCCCCGAGCAUCUGGAACCUCCCUGGAGUCCCCCAGUUCCUCCCAUUCCCCGCUUUUAUUUUGUUUUUUUGGUUUUGUUUUGUUUUGUUUUUUUCCGGGACCCCCCCAGUUUGUUAAUGGGAUCGUUAAUGGGACAGCUCGUUAAUGGGAUCACACAGCUCGUUAAUGGGAUCACACAGCUCGUUGAUGGGAUAGCUCGUUAAUGGGAUCACACAGCUCGUUAAUGGGAUCACACAGCUCAUUAAUGGGAUCACACAGCUCAAACAGGAUCGCAGAUUCCUGUGGGUGGGAUUUUGGGGGGGCUCCUCCUCGCCCUGCCCCUCUUUUCUCCUCUUUUCUCACUAUUCCAAGUAGAUGUCUCAGCCACAUCACUGGAGGAGCUGGGCGUUUCUGACUGAACAUCUCAAACUCGUCUCUUUUGGCCAAGGGGGUCGAUUCUGCUGUGGGGAACGGGUUGUUUUCCCAAUUCACUGACCACAGGCACUUCCAAACUCUAAUUUUUUAACUCCUACACCUCAGUGUAGAGCUGGUGGCAAGGUUCAAAUACCUGGGUUAAGCCAGAGAAGAGCAGGAGAGUCCAUCUCAGUGGAGACGCUCUGACCUACCCUGAGUGAGCAGAGCGUCUCUCUGUAGAGAUUUUGUUUUCUCUCGGGUUGCAGGGGAUGGUUUAACAGCAUUUGAUGGUGUUAGAUUUCAUACCUUGAAUCCCAUUUGAGAUUUUAGAUGCAACAUGUCAGAAUAUUCACCCUUUUCUCAGAGGACGAAGCUGUCCCCAUGCUUUGGGGCGGGAAUUCUGUCUGUGCUCAGAAAUCCCAGCACGGGCAGCUCUGUCCUCGGGGGUC